AUGGGUAACCAAAAGCAUGUGGUAUUCGAUGUUGUCGGGACAUGCGUCUCCUUCGAUGCAUUUUACAACUGUAUCGACCGCGUCAUUGGCGAUAAACUCCUCGCCAAAAACAUCACCGCUCGCUCCUUCGGAUUUACCUGGAUGACAGCCGCCGAGCUGGAAUUUACUUUCCUGUCAAUCUCAGAACGCUACCGACCUUAUAAGGACGUUCUCACCGCUCUAUUCUUCCGGACACUGUAUAUGGCUGGAGUUGGGUCCCCAAGAACAUUCGCCACAGAAGCAGAGCGCGAUCAGUGUGUCCAGGGAUAUUCGGAGUUGGAACUCAGGCCGGGAAUAAGCGAUUGCUUUGAAAUAUUGAGAAACGCUGGAUUUACCGUUUGGUGCUUAACUACCGGGGAUACCAAGCGGGUUCGUGGGUACUUCGAACGUGCAGGCGUGCAUAUGCCGCUUGAUAACUUCAUCAGCUGUGACACGCAGGGAUUGGCCAAGCCCGCUUUGGCAGCGUACAGGCCGGCUCUCGCCAAAUUUUCUCCUGGAGAUGUCAAGUGGUUCGCAGCGGCACAUAUGUGGGAUGUGUCGGCUGCGGUCAAGGUUGGCUUCCGCGGUGCCUAUUGCACGAUAUAUGAGCAGGAGUCCUGUGAGGAGAUUUUCGACACUAAGAUGGAAGUUUUGGAGAAUACACUGCCACAGAUGGCGGAGAGAAUUGUGGCGGCUUCUAUUUGA